AUGUCCGCACUAGAGAAGCAUCUCAAGGAGCAUCAAUCGACACCCUACGAGACUCUCCUCUCCAAGUCCGAUCGAACAAACAAGCUCAAUGACAGUCUAUUGAAAGCACACAAUGAUAUGGUCUUCAUAAAGAGCCGGGUGUCGAAACUAGUCGUUCAAAUGAACUACCUGCGUCAAGCAGUGGAGACUGCGAUGCCGAACUCUCAGGGAAGAGGCACAACAGAUGUGCCGAGGGAGCUGCUCGUGCAGGAAAUGGUGAAAGCCAAGAACAAUAUAAAGAAAUUCAGAAACCUGAUCGAAGAAGUCGCCGCUAAGACGAAGCAGACUGGUGACGCUGAUGGUGGGGGAGGCCUCCACGGGAAGGAGAAGGUGGAUGAUCCCAAGCAGUCGCUGUAG